AUGACAUUCAGCUCACUUCCCUGUACUUUAAAUUGGAACAAAAAAUCCUAAUUCAAUUUAAAGAGGUUAAUUUUUUGUUUUAAAAAAUCUCAUAAAUUCUUAAAAAUAUUAAUUUAGUCAAAUAUUUUUGAAUUUUAAUUUUUUAUAAGAAUUAAUUCAAAAAAUUAAUCAAUUCAGUGUGAAAACUGUUUAAAUAAUAUUCUACUUACACUUUUACUAUUAAUUAAGCUUUAUAAAACUUAUUAUUUUCAUCUAUAAAAUUUUCCUAUUGAAAAAAAUUUUGGUUUAAGUACCCAAAAAAUGAAUAUUUUACAAUAUUUAUUCCAUUUAAAGUGGGGAGUCAGAAGAAAAAGAAAUAUUGUAUUACGUCGAGAUAUCUUCUGCUAUUCCAAGUUUUUUAGGCACUAGUUUUAUAUGCUUAGCUUAUAUCUAUUUCAAAGAGCUUCGAGGAUUUACAUUUCGAUUAGUCGUCUACCUUGCCAUAGCAGACAUGUUUACAGCUCUUUCAUUUGCUGUCCCGCAUUAUCUCAGUCAAGAACUUUGCUUAAUCCAAGCUUUGGUUUUGAAUUAUUCCUCAUUAGCCAGUGUUUUAUGAACCAGCGUCAUUGCAUUCACUCUAUACCGAGGUGUUGUAAACGAAGAAAUGGAGCUUGAAGGCUCAGAAAUUAACUGCAUAUUCUUUGCAUGGGGAAUUCCUUUGCUGUUAGAGUUUCUUCCUUUUAUAACAGAAAGCUAUGGAUAUGCUGAAGGCUGAUGCUGGAUAAAAAUCCAGAACUUAGAAAGUGACAUAAACUUUCAGUCAGCGACAUACAGAUAUGGGAUGAUUUGAAGAAUGGUAACAUAUUAUAUUCCUUUAUGAAUUGUAGAAAUAAAAUGGUGUAGUUAAGAACAAGAAGAACUCCAAGGCGGGGUAAAUAUGGAAUAGGUAGAGCCUAUCCUGAUGAAGCUGAAAUAGUAUCUAUUUCACUUUGCGAGUAGGCUUUAGGCUUGGGGAAGCCUUGCUGAAAAGGAAAGAUCUUUCUCCCGAAGGUUUUCCUGUCCCUGCCUGCAAGGUGGGGUAGACAAGUUUUGCCUAUUAUAUAAUCUCUUCUUAUUAAAACCAUCAGGGCACCUCACAAAUUGUGGUUCUUCUGAGCGAACUAAUCCCUUUGACAGGUGGUUCAGGUAAAAGGGAAACCUUUUUGAGCCAAGAUGGGUGACGGUUAGUGAGUUUAUCUGUUUAUAGCCAGUAUAUCCUUAGCUUAAACUUUAUGAAUUGUGAUAAUUUACAAUUGUUUAGUAUAUUGAAAAGUUACUAACAGAGUCAUGGAAACUAUGGAUGAUGUUUCAAGUGAUAACAGGACACGACAUUUAAUUCUCAAUAGGCUUAGGCUUUAUCCAUUUAUUUUGGUAUUUUGCCAAGUGCCAGUCACAAUACACAGAAUUUAUGCAUUUUUUGAUUAUAAUGAACUUGCGAUGUUUAUUUUGGCAAUUUGUGCAGGAUUUUUUCUAUUAAUUAAUGGGUUUUUAAACGCUUUUGUGUAUGGGUUUACUGAUAGUGUUAAACAAAGCAUAUAAAAUGGUGUGGCAACUCAGCCCACCCUCUUGAUGCGUGCAACUGGCUUCGUUCUUGUAUUUGCCAGGGACUAGGGGAAGGAGUUUGGUAUUCAGGAAGUAUAUCUGGCCAGAUGUUUUUCUUGGCUUGGUGGAGUUCAAUGACUAGCUUUCGAACGCAAGUUCUCUCCAGGUCGAGGUUUUUUACCUCAGAGGGGAAAGAGCAGAGAAUUGGAAAGGGAUCUCCCAACAAUACCAGCAGCCAAUGGUCUGAUCAAUCGGGACUAUUUCCCAGCACGAGCCCAAGGAGUUACGCACUGGGCUUCAGAUUUCUACUUUGACUGAGAGUGACUGGAAAAUUUAGCCCUUUUAAACUUUCUGUCUGGGCUACCUUUGCUGGAGACGUGGAGACGGCAUGGUGACGAGAGUCAUCCAACUGUCUUAAGUACGAGUGCUAGCCCGUAUCCAGGAAGGAGCAGUCUUUCGAGUUUGUACGCAAAAUGGCAAGCAGGGGAAGAGUGUGUUAAAGGCGAAGAUAGUCCUUCGGAAUUACAGUGAGCUUCACUAUAAGUUUAGUAAACAUAAUCGUAAAUGUUAAACAAAGCAUUAGGAAAAGAUUGUACCCUGAAGAAUUUGUUCAAAUAAGAAACGCAAAUACUCUCUUUGGGUCUGUAGAAAGCCAAUCAGCGUUAUUUCUCGGCUCAACAUUAAUGUAA